AUGAAGAGACCGACAACAAGGAACCGCCGGUCCUUCUCAGCACCGCCGGGAGGACACCACCUAAGUGACAGAAUGGUAGAUCGGGAAAGCAGUGACGAGUAUGGCGAUGGUUGUGGUAAAGCCACCGAAGGAUGGGAGCAAGGACGGUGUGAUGAGAAUCAUAUAGCCUUCCAUGGUGAUUCUCUUAGUGAGGGGAAUGAGCUAGUCCUUCAUUCUAGUUUUGGAAUGCCAAGUUUACUUUGCAAGCCAAUCAAGGAAGAAAGGAUGGAUCUUGACUACCUAUGUGAUAGGGAGUUGGUUCAAGAGAGCUAUGAUCAAGAUGAUGAGAAUGUCAUUAACUUUGGGGUUCAAACCAAAGGAGAUGAUUCACUCAUGGAAAUAAGUGCUCAAGAGUAUCAAAGGAGUCUGACUCUAGGUGCUCCAUGA